GGGGCGGGGAGAGGAGGGGUCGAUUGAUAAUCGAGCGAGAAGACAACUCUCGCUUUUUCUCCUCCACUAUUUAGUAGAUACUAGAUAGUGUCCUUCAGUUUCAGUGUCAGUUUUAGCGCAUUCAAGAGGUAUCUCGUCAUCUGCAUUCUUCACCAAUCAUUCAUUUCAUUGACCUCCUCUCCGUCAAAAUGCCCCUUGUCGUACAGAACGCAACACCAAGGGUAAUCCUUGGUUUGAUGACCUUUGGGCGUGACGAAACAAAAGGGGCUCGCAUUACGUCCCUCGACGAAUUUAACAAGUGUUUGGAUUAUCUCCAACAGCAGGGCUUCAAUGAGGUCGACACGGCGCGGAUUUACCAAGAAGGGGGGCAGGAGGCGUUCACAGCGCAAGCGAGAUGGAAGGAAAGGGGCUUGACCUUGGCGACCAAAUGGUAUCCCCAGGCUCCCGGUGACCACAAGCCUGAAGUGCUCCGGCAGAACCUCGAGCUUUCCUUGAAAGAGCUGGGGACAAACCAGGUCGAUAUUUUCUACUUGCAUGCCCCUGACCGGUCGGUUCCGUUUGAUGAGACUCUGGAAGCCGUCAAUGAACUGCACAAGGAGGGAAAGUUUGUACAAUUGGGUCUGAGCAAUUACACCGCAUUCGAGGUUGCGGAGAUCGUUACUCUCUGCAAUGAGAGAGGUUGGGUGCGACCAACCAUAUUCCAGGCCAUGUACAACGCAAUCACACGUUCGAUUGAAACGGAACUGAUUCCUGCGUGCAAGCGUUAUGGUUUAGACAUUGUGGUGUACAACCCACUUGCUGGCGGUAUCUUAUCUGGUAAAUACAAGACGAAGGACAUCAUCCCGUCUGAGGGCAGAUACAGUGACCAAAGUACUGCCGGCUCCAGGUACCGUGAACGAUAUUUCAGGGAUGGCACGUUUGAUGCCUUGGCAAUCCUGGAGCCAGUUGUUCAAGAGCAUGGACUAACACUACCUGAAACUGCACUCCGUUGGAUCCACCAUCAUUCUGCUCUAAACAUGAAAGACAAUGGCCGGGACGGCAUCAUUGUGGGCGUGAGCAGCUUCUCCCAGUUGGAAAGUAAUAUUAAAGAUAUCUUGAAAGGUCCUUUGCCAGCCGCAGUGGUUGAGGCACUGGAUAAAGCAUGGCUGGUGGCUAAACCAACCGCUCCCAAUUACUGGCAUUUGGACCUCAAUUAUACAUACGACACUCAAGAAGCGCUGUUCAAGCCCAAGACGAAGGCUUAGACAUGGGAUGUUUGGCUCGGAGGGUGCCCACGUUUUCAUGCGUUAGGCAACUUAAUCAAGUAUAUAAAGUACCUAGGUAACGAGCCUAGUAUUACAACUAGAAUAUGAGGACCUGUGAAAUUGACGCCGAAAAUGA